GUGCUCAGAGUUCAGUUCAGUCUUGCAGGAGCGGCGGCGCGAACCGCUCGCGAGCCUCUCCGCCGACCACACACUUCGUCACUGGCCAGGCCGCGUGUUUCUCGCCCGAUUGCAGUGGCCGCCGAGAGCACAACGAAAGGACGGACGAUGGGCGUCGCCGCGUUGGUGCAGUCAGGCGUCGGCCACUGGACUUUGGGACAGGAUGCCGGUAGCAGUAGCAGCAGCAGCAGCGACGACGCGAGCGAGCUGUGGUGAUAGAAAACGCAGGAUGAGCAGGCGGCACCGGGGUGGCCACCGAACGCCGCGGUGAGCCAGCCAGCAGACAUUCCGCGCACCACGCAAGAUGCAGAGACUGCGAACCACGUUCAAGCGAUCUCGCACGCCGACCGGCGCCGACAUGAAGCAGCAGAACAGCCUGGAGGUGCCGCGCCAGGUUCGGUCGGCGUCGUUUGACGAAAUCCAGCUGGAGGCGGCCAAGCAGCAGCAAGCGGAGGCGCCGACGGCGGCCAUCAGGCUGCAGCCGUCGGCGCUGCGGCUGCCGCUGCAGAGCAUGAGCGCCCCGGCGGAGGCGCCGCCGCCGGGGGCCGACUCGUUCCUCAAGGUGCCCACCUUCAGCAGCCAGAGGUCCAAGAGCUUCGACUCGGGCUGCGGCGCCAACGCGAGCGGCUCCAGCGGCGACGAGUCGUACUACCUGGAGGUGCCGCGUUACUUCCAGAGGAGACGAUCUUCUAGUGAUAAAUCCGCCUCUUUUUGUGUGCAUUGCCAGUGUGUCGAGGAGUACGAGAGACUGAAAGCGUGUGCCGAGAGCACGUUGAAUGCGGGUGUGCAACUGCGAUGCGACUACUCAAGUCUUCCUUUAGGACUACCUUUCUCUUCGCCUUCGUCGUCAUCCUCUUCUAGUGAGAGUGACCUGCCCUCGUGCGGCAUCCGGGUCACCUUGGAGCCCGAAGACCUGGAGCUGCAGCGGCGCCGCCAGAGCCUGCUGGUGGCGACGCCUUCGUCGCCGCACAAGCUCUCCAGGCAGGAGGCCUUCUUCGUCGAGAACUCGCUAGAGCUCUCGCUGUCGGCCGAGAGCGACGACCCGGUCGUGGUCGCCGAAAUCUUUCUCGAAGUUCCUGAGCUGCCGUACAACAAGCGCGACCGGGCCGCCAGCGUCGACUCUGGCUUCGCGCAGGCGGCCGCCGCCGAGGGCCACGGACCCACCAAAGAACAAUUCGUGCUGCUCGAGCCCUCCAGCGGGGCCAUCUCGCCGCUGACGGACGCUGAAGGCGGCUUCCUCGCGCCGCCACCCACCAACCCAACGCAGCGAUCGCGUUCCGUCGACAUCGUGCUGCCCACCACCGACCACGAACGGUACAAGGCCCUGGCCGCUGCCACUAACAAUGCCGCACCCAAGCUCGAUGUAAAUAAGAAAAAAGCUGUGCAAGGGGAGUCGGCACCUGCUGGCGAACGCCAACUGCGCUCCACACCCGACUGGGCCGAGGGCGCGAUCAAUGGGGACCAUUUGUGGGUGCCGACCUCGGCGUCUGGUGACCUUUGCUACGUUGGAGAUUCUGAAUGUCAGCGGCAUGGACCAAGACUCAAGUGUGCCGCGUGCCGGAUCGUGGCCCACUCGGGCUGCAUUUCGCAACUGCUCGACAGGCAGAACUUCACGUGCAAGCCGACCUUCCGAGACGUGGGCGUGCGGCAGUACCGCGAGCAGACCUCCAUCCAGCACCAUUGGGUCCACCGGCGCUCCCAGAAGGGCAAGUGCCGACAGUGCGGCAAGUCGUUCCAGUCCAAGUUGUCGUUCAGUUCAAAGGAUAUUGUCGCCAUCAGUUGUUCCUGGUGCAAGACGGCCUAUCACAACAAAGACUCGUGUUUCAACCUGCAGAAGAUAGGCGAGGAAUGUGAUUUAGGAGUUCACUCCAGCAUUAUUGUGCCUCCGUCAUGGAUUGUGAAACUGCCUCGCGGAGGGAGCUUCAAGUCGAGUCUCCGCAAAUCUCCGAAAAAGAAGACCAACAGCAAAAAGAAGAGCAAAGACAAGCCGGAUCAGCGAGCAUUUGUGAUCAAACCGAUCCCGACGGUCACCGUAAAACCCGUGAUAGUGUUCAUCAACCCGAAGUCAGGCGGCAACCAGGGUGCCAAGCUGCUACAGAAGUUCCAAUGGCUGCUCAAUCCCAGACAGGUUUUCGACCUAACCCAAGGAGGACCCAAAAUGGGUCUGGAAAUGUUCCGCAAGGUGCCGAAUCUGAGGGUGCUUGCUUGCGGAGGCGACGGCACCGUCGGCUGGGUCUUGUCGAUCCUCGACCAGCUUGAAUUCUCGCCGCCGCCGGCCGUCGGCGUGCUGCCACUCGGCACUGGCAACGACCUCGCCAGAGCUCUCGGAUGGGGAGGCGGGGACGAGCACAGUUGCGGGCGGCGUGAGAAGGCUUUCGUGUGCGGCACGUGUGCCUUGCUGGGCUUCCUGGCGACGCGCGUCCUGCCGCCGCCGGCCUCCCGCCAGCCGUCCACGGUGGCCCUUCUACUCCUGCUCGCACUUCUCUCUGUUAUUCUCUUCCUCUCACUCCUUGGCUCGCCUGAGCACUGCGUCCCAUGUCAGGGCUACACUGACGAGCCAAUCUCUAAGAUCCUGUCCAACAUUGCCGACGGCGAGAUCGUGAUGCUGGACCGGUGGGACCUAAAGGUGGAGAAGAACCCAAACGCGGAACCCAACGAGGAAGGCAAGGAAAACCUGCCCCUAAACGUGGUCAACAACUACUUUUCGCUCGGCGUCGACGCUCAUAUCGCUUUGGAAUUCCACGAGGCCAGAGAGGCGCACCCGGAGAAAUUCAAUUCACGCCUCCGCAAUAAAAUGUUUUACGGGCAAGCGGGAGGAAAGGACUUGCUGCAGAGAAAGUGGAAGGACUUGGCCGACUUUGUCAAGCUCGAGUGCGAUGGCAAAGACUUGACGCCGAAACUGAAAGAACACAAAGUCCACGCGAUCGUCUUCCUCAACAUCGCUAGCUACGGCGGUGGCACUCGGCCUUGGAACAAGAGCGGCGCCGCUUACGAGCAGUCCACCGAGGACGGAAUGAUGGAAGUUAUCGGCCUUACUACUUAUCAGUUGCCAUUACUUCAGGCUGGUGGCCACGGCACGACGAUAACGCAGUGCAAAUCGGCAUGCAUCACGACGUCCAAGACGAUUCCAAUGCAGGUGGAUGGCGAGGCGGCUAGACUGAACCCGUCCAUCAUCACGAUGACGCACCUGAACAAGGCCAGCAUGCUGGCCAAGCGCAGAGGCAGAAAGGGCAACAGCCAGCAAACCGCCCUCGAGCAACUCAAGGUCACCGUUAAGAAGAUUUGCAUGUCCGACUACGAGCAGCAUCACUACGACAAGGAUGUCCUGACCCAGAGAGCCACCACUCUGGGCACGAUCGACGUCAGUCCUUCCGCAGAUUUGGAGCAGGUGCGCCAAAUGAUCGUCAAGCUGCAGGAGGAUAACUCAGACCCUGCAGCCAGGUUGUCCGCAGACUGGUGCUUUGUUGACUGCUGCACUGCGGAGAGAGUCUUCCGGCUGGACAAGGCGCAGGAGCACCUGCACUACGUGAUGGACGUGGCCAGCGACGAGCUGCUGGUGCUGGACACCGAGCUGCCCACCCUACCGCAGACACCCGAGGACGAGGGCAUCGUGACGCCGACCGGCACCAACGGCGUCAGGCUGCGAAUCUCAUCGCCGGUGGACGGUGAAUCGCCGCUCGACAGGGAGGGCGUGGCGGUGGUUGCCGCCGAACUGGACCAGGUGCUGCAGACCUUCGAGGAGCAGGAGGAGGAGCAGGAACAGCAGCAUGCGGAGGAGGAGGAGCAGAACGGUGCCGAGCUCCAAGAGGAGCCGCCGGUGAUCAGGAGGAACAGUUCGCCCAUCAGGAUCGAAGAGUGCUCUAAAUUAAGGCUAUCCCACACCUUCCCUAGCAUCUAUGAUCGGUUGUUUGGACUUGAAUACUAUAAAUUAAGCAACUUGCUGGAGAAGAAUUCUGAGAGUGUUCUCAAAGCGGCCAAGACAGGUGAUCUCAAAAUGUUGAAGGACCUACAUUCGAUGGGCUUCUCGCUUCUCUCCAUUGAUACGUCAGGUCAGACAGCGCUGCAUAUCGGCGCUAAAUACGGUCACAAAGACAUCGUCAAGUUCCUCAUCGCCACUGCCCCGCCAAGUAUUCUCAACAUGGUGGACAACGAUAAAGGACAAACUGCCCUCCACAAGGCCGCGGAGGCGAAGCAGCGCCGCAUCUGCUGCAUGCUCGUAGCCGGUGGAGUGUCCAUUAGCAUGCAAGACUCCCAGGGCACGACGGCACGAGACCUUGCCCAGCGCGUCCAGGACCCCGAGCUCGCGGCCUACCUCGAAAGUCAAGAGCAUUUCCAGCAGGUAGCAGAGGACAUGGAGACAGUGGUAUGAUGUCAGGCGAUAAUUGUGAUGCCCCCGACGAGGUAGUGCCCCCGCCCGCCCCCUCGCAGCCCUCCCUGCGCCCCGUUUCUUGCGAGAAAGAAAGUCGAAUGUUAGCCAAAAAAGCAAUGUGAAGACAGCCGUUCCGAUCUGUCGUCGGAACACCACAAGAAUGAAGACAAAAAUGCUCACUCACCCAAUCGCUCUACAAAAAGCAAAAACGGACUAAAACUCACGCAAACGUUUAGCACUAUGCAUAUAAUUAUAAUAUAUUUAAAAGAGAAGACCAAUCAGUAAUAAUUCUAUUGUUACGUAUACAUAUAUUAUAUUGUACAUUGUAAUACACUUGAAACUAAUCGAUGGACUGAGAGAUGAGGAUGGAAAUGUAUUUUUCUGAUACACUGUGCUCUGAUAUACUACUUAAGUGGUUCCUAAAAAGGAUUGAUUUCUACUUUCAACAAUGAGAAGAAGGAAUGUACGCGCCCAUCGUAUGUAAAAUCGAAGAGAAAGAAAUACCUCGGCAAUAAUGAAACAAACCAAAAGCAAAAAUCAGAUGUGAGAAAAUUUUUAGAUUGAUGACCAAAUUCGGGGAAUGCAGUUGAUUCUUCUCUUGUGCACGCUCGACUCGCUUUUGACGCAGCAGCCUUCAUUUUUUGUCUGUAUGAUGACUAAAAAGAAAAACGAUUUGGCCUACUGAGAGAAAGUGGGCCUACCACUCUGUCGCGCGAACAAGGGUGCUUAAUUUGGUCAAGGCGGUUUUUCUUACGAUUGAUGAUUUCCUCUAACGCGGCCACUAGAUGCAGAUGCUAGUUUCCUUCAUUGCUUUGUCACUCGAAACGCUUCAAAGCAUUCGUUUCCCUCGUCCGUACAAUUGUUUGAUUCUGGAGAGUGUGGGGAGCCUUGCCUGCCGCGUAGUCAAUUAUCAGGAGCGCCUGAUUUAAAAAUGAUGCAUGUUCACUUAAUGUAGCAACACCAAAAUCGGUCGGUUGGUGCCAUUACAGUGCACACACACACACACUGUAAAAAUUCAAGCUGCUGUUUUGUCACGCGAACGAACACUGGGUAUUUCAAAGCAGUAUGGCCUUUGCAUGUUUCCCCCUCUUGUCGAACCAAGAACGCGCGAUUUGAGCUUUAUCCGCAAAAAUGUGACUUCUUGGCAAAAAUACACACAUAUAUACACACACUAUCGAUCUAAUUCACAGACUUAUAUAAAAUAGUAAAGUUGUACAUGUCUCAGAAAUUGUAUUAAUUGUUGAAUAAGAAAUCUAUUUUGGGCUCAAGCGCCACCGCUGCUGCUGCUGCUAUUAUGGGAUCACUCACACAAUUGAAAUUGUAAAAAAACAAAAAAAUCACACCCCCGCUCUUAAUUCCCGUGUUUCAAAGGAACAGUUUUAAGCUAAACCGUAGGAGUUCAUUCUUCACUUUUGGAGACAGACACAAUUAAUAUCGUAGUAGAAAUAACAAUUAAACAAAACACGGAUUUUGAUGUGAGCAGCAGAGGAGUUAGCAGGUAAUUUAAAAUACACAUAAGAGUAGAGUGUGUGUGUCGGCCAACUAAACUCGAUCAUCUUAUGAAUAAAGCUUUGGGAGAUGCUUUAAUUUUUCGUUGUAAAGAAAGUGGACAAUGUUCUUGGAGGAAUGUGCGUGUUUAAUUGCUGUUCGCAGAUUUUCAGUUCUAAGAGCAGAUAUGUUCUCUUUUGAAAAAUACUGUUUCUAUUCGAGCGUCUGUACCUUUAUACAACGUAAAAUAUUUCUCACCUGUUAGUCGAACGAACGGGAGAAGCAGAGAGUGUGUGAAAGAGAAUAUUUCUAAACUUUCCAUACACGCAAGUAUUUUCUGAAAAGUACGCUCGUGGAUACUUACAUACGCUUACGAUAAACUUAAAAAUAAUACGAAUAUCACACCCUAUAUUUAUAUUUUUGUGUCCGAAUUUCGAUCUGCUGCUUUGGAUUCGCGACCCUGAAUCUCUUUUCGCCGAUCGGGAUCAAAAGGAACGCGAGAAAAAUGAAUCAGCAAUUACGUUGUUGCGAUGACUACGAUUUUAAGCUCGUGUUCCGAGGAGCGAGUGUUAUUUAUUCAUUUAUUUAUUCUGAAUACGCAAAAUAGAGCUAGGACAACGUUUUAUAGUUCUUUUGACUCUGUUAUUGAAUUAUCUAGUCCCUAUAAAUUGUCAUCGCCAAGUUAAGAUCAAAUCCCGCGUGUAGAUUAAUUGAUUGAUAAUUCGCUCUGUUAAAUAUUUUUUAUGUUGACUUUCCUCUCGCACUGCUUGUUCUGUAAGUUCGGCAAUUUAUGUACAACUAACACCGUGUAUCAUUGUUAUUAUGUAAAAAUAUUAGAAAUGCUCAACUAUGUGUCUUUGAAAGUGUGCUGGCUGGAAAUAACGCAUCGACGCGCAGCAUUCUCUUGUUUCUCGUAACACGAAUUUAGCGUGUUUGUAAAUUUAAUUGAAAUCUACGUAAAUAAUCCUGUUGGGAACUGUGCGUGCAACAAUACAAUAACAGCCGGAGUACGAACCGAAUUAUUAUUUUUUCGUCGAACGCGCGCCUCUCUCGAUAAUCCUCUCGGAAUUGCAUUUAGAAAUUCAGCCCCUUUCCCCCCUCCGCCUUCCCCGAUUUAAAUGCUUGCAAAAUGACAUAUCAGCAGCAAAUCGAAAUGUUGUAGAGAAGUAUAAAAACAUUGUGAUCCUGGGCGAGUGUGACUUUUGUACUCGGAGCGAAAACGAACCCUGUCUGUCUGUCCUGCUGACAAUCACAUAUCACGCAUCUGGUUGUGUUUUCCAAGGAGUGAAUGUGUCUUGUAGUGGUAAUAAUCAAUUAUAUUACACACACUAUCUUGUUUUUACCAUAGUUGAGCUAAUUUGUUGAUUUCCUCGACCGUGGAUCGACCGGGUAUACUGGAGGCUGAACCCCGCAACCUUCAAUCUCUGAUCUAGAGUGAAAAAUCGGAAAAAUAAAAAAUCUUUUAUGUUCAAAGCCCAAUUGAUGGCGUCACUGUAACUUUGGAGAUUUCAGGAUUUUUUGCUCCGAUGUAUGAUUUUAUGAGAUGAAAUUUCAUUUGAAGUAAUUCCACGAGAAAUAUAAAAUUCGAAUAUUUAUUGCCACGAUCAGAUUCUUUAUUUUGGAAAAGUAAAUGAAAUAAAUUUUUACCUGUAAAAUCAGAGCAGAAAUCUUUUUAAAAACUUGCAAAUGAACAGUGAUGAUAAUGAGACGGCUUCAAACAUAAUUGCAAAACGCAAAUAAAAAAAUAGAUUUUUGUUCUCAUAAUUGAAGUAAUUGGAAGUUGCAGUGGUCAAUCUCAAUCAAUUAAUUUAAAUAGUGAGUGUCGUUUCCCUGUGAAGCCCGCCGAUCGUUGCGACUCAGCGAGUGGGGCGCUAGUUGUGUUGCGAAAAUCCGCUUUCAAACACACACACACACGUGUACUAUUCAUUCCAGUGGUUGAAUAAACUAAAUAGCGAUAGUUAUAUUGCGUUAAAUUUGACGUAGUGCGUAGGUUUUACUACAGUAUUGCAAAUAAACGCGAGCACGCGUGUUUGGAUUCGAGACGUGGCGAGAAAGAAAUUUACCAUAGUAGCUAGGCAAAUAUAUUAAAAAUUAAUUAUCUCACGAUACGCGAGAGACUAUUUCUAUCGAAACUAUAUGAAUAAACUCACUUACGGUAUUGAAUAUACAUGUAUUUUACUGAUCAUGAAGUUUCCAAAUUUUAAGAGCUCGUCAGUCGUUCGAAAUGUGCUUUCUUUUCGGCUUCAGCUAUCUCGACUCAUCCGACGUUGAGUUUGCGUGUACUUAAAUUAUUCGAAUCCGUCUCGCUUAACUGUUAAGAGUGUUCUUAUGAAUAAAUAAAUCAAUAGACAUGUAUAUUCUCAAAGCAGAACAAACUCUCACGCGCAGAUUGUGUGCAUCAAAUUGAUCUAGGCGAGUGCAAGACGUUCAAUGAGGGAGCUGAGAGCAAAUUGAAAGAAAGAAAAAUUGUAACACCUGUCACUGUAUAACACCAUACAUGCCCUUAUUCCAAACUGAUUGAUAUUCGACGAGUAUAUUUCGGACAAGCAUGCUUUGAUAUUUUGCUUGUUACUCAGCCGCCAUGGCGCGUCUUAUAUUAUGAUAUAGGCCGUGGCCCAUGCGGUGGAGCUCAAAAGAGGAAAUUGUACAUAUUUGCAGUAUAUUAUUACAUACAUGAUAACAAUAAAUCAUCUUGUAUUUUCUCAUCCAAUGAAA